UUAGAUAUAAAGGAGGUCGCUUCGAAUAAUGUAAACAUCUCCCAAAAGCACAAUACAAUGACAGAAACUCAGUUUUCAAUGAAAAAUAUUGGAUAUAAAGUUCAAACAUGAACCGACAGUAUGACCAAACCACUAUGACAAAUAUCAACAACAACAACAAUAUGUCUAGUCUGAAUUCGAGACCUCUUGUACGGGAUUACAUAGCAACUCGACUGAAGAAGACCGGGUGUAAUAUGUUAGCAGAUUCUCAAGAACCAACAAGACUUCACCAGUGUAUGAGACUGCUAGGAGAGGAAUUCGAGCAGCGUUACAGGACAGUGUUUCAGGACCUCUGUGGUCAGUUACAUUUAACACAAACUACUGCAUACCCUGCAUUUUUCCAAAUCGCCGAUGAAAUUUUUCAAGACGGAGUAAAAUGGGGGAGAAUAGUGGGCUUGAUAGCGUUCGGUGGGGCUCUCUCUGUGUACUGUGUUGAAAAGGAAAUGCCAGGACUCGUAGAAAACAUCAUAGAAUGGGAGACAACGUAUUUAGACACACAGCUAGCGCCGUGGAUAAUACAGCACGGAGGAUGGAAUGGGUUGGUGGAAUUUUAUGAAGGCGGGGCAGAAAUGAGAAACGAACAGCUUUGGCCAAAUGUCAAAAUGGCAUUGACUGCAAUCGGAGCAGUGGCAGGAGCAGGCUUAACGCUUGGAUUUCUUCUGUCAAAGUCUUAAGAUUUUUGUUGUUGUUUUUGUGUGUGCGUUAUUGUGCUGCUAUGCCAUGUUUUUAUCUCACAAAAUAUCUGUGACAUGUUCUGGAGUUUUAUUUUAAUUUCUGGACUGUUGAUUCCUGGGAAAUGAAAGAAGAAACAUGGAACAGAUUCUUGGAAGAGACAAGACAUUAUUCAGAGAAGAUUUGAUUUGGUAUUGAAGCUUGUUCUGUGUCAAAAUGGAAAAGGAUGGGUAUCUCAAAUGAAAAAAAAAAAAAUAAAUAAUGAGAUGGGCGCUCACCAAAGGAGUAACUUGCUCUCUUUUAUAUGUUUUGAUGACUUUCUUCAGGCAAGAAAGUGACAUUUACCAGAUCAUGGUCUCAAUUAAUAUCAUGCCAAUUGCUUUCAUUUUAUCACUCAUUUUGCCAAGGAUACCUUGGAAUACUUCGGAAUAAAUGUAUAAGACAGAACAGAGAGAAAUAUUCCAAAGACAUUUCUAGCUUCAUUUCUGUUCCCAAAAACCAAACUGGAGUCACUGAUGCGAUCUUUAUUUGAUCUUUGAAGAGGAAACGAGAAGCCCACUACACACCAAAGAUUGCUGCAACACACUUGACAUUGUGUAACUUCUGCCAUGGGGAUAGAGUUCAGCACAGCAAGGGAAUGGACCAAUUCUGCUUCCUUGGCUAUUCAGAAGCGUUUUUCUGUUUCUUGCUUGCAACUCUGAGAACAUGUCUAAGACAUCUCAUAAGUUUGCUUGCUGUGAAAGUUUAAGAGUUGUAUCAAAUGGUGUCUAUUUAAGAACUGUCAGAGAAGGAUAGAGAUGUUUUUUUUUUUUUAUUUCACUUCAGUACUCAGUCAUGUUAAGUGAUUUUUAUGUCAAAGACUGCAUAAACUGAUUUAUAAAUUAAAUACAGGAAUUUUGGAACACAUCAGGGGUCAAGGUUACAGCAAAGCACAACUGCCAUCUAUUUUGAUGUAUUCAGUAGAGGGAGACAAUUUUUCCAAGACGAGCUGCUCAGACACCUUGUUACUCCAGUUGUGCCACUGAAUAUACAUGAUUUUAUAACUUAAGUUUGUUUUCAUAUAACUGUUGUACACUUUAUUUAUUUAAAAGAAACAUCAUUUCUUUGUAUGGGAGUGAUGAUUUAAAAAAAGUAAAAAAUAACAUGUUAUGCUUGGACGGUGAGGGGUGCAUAAGUGAUGUCAAAUGUCAAAACUUCAAAUGGCACUCGGAAUUUUCUUUUUUCCUAUUUAUUGUUUAAUGUAGGCAUGUGGUAUUGAGCCAGAUGUCACACCCAACACACUGUCACACCCAACACACUGUCACACCAAACACACUGUCACAUCCAACUCUACUGCACAGCACACAGCCAUGCCCACAAAACUAAAACAGUGUCACCAACCUCAAGUGUCACACCUUUCUUAUUGUCACAUUUUUGGCUACUUGUUGCCGCACUGUCAACAAAAUGUCCAGUAUCCCACCAUUAAUUCAACUGCCACAGAUAAAUCAACGUUAAAAUAUGAAUAGUAAUGAUGAUCUUGAAUAUUAAAGAAAUAGGCUCUUGUGCUUGCAUUAUUUGUGAAAAUUUCCUGAUCGGCUUUGCGAAGGGUGACACAAGUGUGAACAGUGAAUUACUUAGAGAUUGAUAUGCUACUGGCUUAUGUGUUUUCAAACAAUGAAGCUGUGCAGGAAUAUUUGUUAUGCUGUGAUGCAGUGUUUGAAGAUACAUCAUUGAUUCAGUGUGAAGGUAGUUAUAGCAGGUGGGCAGUGUUUUUUUGCGCAGCUGAACCAUCGGUGUUCAUUUUCACUCAUAUGUUUAUGCCCUCCAGGGGCAAGUAUGUAAAUCUGUAUUGAAAGUGUGUGGGCCAGAUAACUGCAUCUGCUGUUUUUGCAUUGUAAAAAAAAGGUCAUUGUUUAUUGGUGAGCCUAUAUCGGCUAUUACACAGUCUUUAGUACAAUAGUUUAUCAAAUGUAGAUGUGUAUGAAUUUGUCUACUUGUUGGAUCUUAUUUAAGAUUAUGUCUAUUUUAUCACUAUCUUAUUUUUUUCCUCUUAAUAUUAUAAAUUAGAUUUACACAAAUACGGUCACCAUUGUAUUACAUCAUAAGCAUUAUUCUGUGUAUAAAUCAUGUUGUUUAGGUGUUAUAUUUAUUUUUAGCAACCAGCCAGUAGUUACAUCUGCCCAACCCAAAUUUUUGUAAAUGUUCCAUUUGAUAGUUGAGAAUUUUUUUUUGCCAGUACAAUUUGGCAAGUUCUGCAGCAAUUCAGAAAUAAUUGCACAUUAUAAAAUUAUGACUCAGAUGUGCAUUGCUACUCCACCCAUGCACUGGCUUGAUCGAAAUUUAUAAAACUAAUGGAUGUUAUUUACACCAAAAUGGUCCACCCUUUUCUGUGGUGUCUGGGUUCCAGUUCUUUAGAAUAUUAGAAAAGAGGCUGUCGUACGGAGUUCUGGUCUUUGCUUGAAGUGAAGAUGCCCAGCACUGCAGAUUAAAUUUGUUAAUGUAUUCCAACAGUAAAAUAAGCUAAUGCUAUUCUCAGAUUCAAAUUCAUUCUUUCAAAAAUAAAUGUUUAUUUAGAAAAGAAUAGUAUGCCUACAUAUGCGUCAUCUGUAAUAUCACUGUAAAUUUAUUUGAACUUGAUCACUUCAAGUUAUUUUGUAUGUUAUACAACUGCAUUGUCAAUAAAUUUCAUGUAUAUGAAUUGCUUAUCCGGUGGAAAUUAUAGUAGAAAGAAAAAAGCAGUAUUUGCUCUGAUGGCCAGAUUCUUUCAAAAUAGGCGUAGUUAAGUAAGCUUGCUUGUUGGAAUAAUUUUUGAACUGUAACUCAAAGAAUCACGCAAUGGGCAUAUUUAACGAGUCAAGAUUCUCGACAUUUGAAGUGUUACUGUUUAGUUGAUCUAAAAAUUAAGUUUGGUCAGUGAAGAACUUUGUAAACUCUUUGUAAGUAAAGAUGGAGGCACAAUGCUCCAAUUGUGUAUGAUCUGAGGGUGAAGAAGACGAAAUUUUCUGUAAGAGAAGUAGCCUUUGAUGGGCAUGUCCAGUGGAAAUAACAUGUUUGUGCUAUUGUAACACCAGCGUUUGUUAUU